AUGGCUUCUUCUUCUUCUAAUCCUCCACUUCCUUCUGACAUAAUUUUCAAGAUACUAACUCAAACAUCGUUGAGAACAGUAGACACUUGCAAGGCCGUUAAUAAAGAAUGGCGUGAUUUGACGUACGAAUCGAGUUUCAUGCCACAAUUUUGUGCAAGGAGUAAAAAUAUCUCAGGAUAUUUUGUCCAAAGUUUAGUAAAACACAGAUUAGAUGACGUGAGCGAAGUAUUUGCGGAAUUUGUAUCAAUGGAUGGUUGUUCGGGGAAUAAUACUACAACCCCGUUCCGUCUUCCUAUUGAUGAUGAACAAGUAAAGCCUCGACGCAGCUACGACUUUCGCAUGAAGAUUGUUGCUUCAUCAAUGCAAGGGUUUCUAUGUUGUGUUAGAACGCUACGUUAUAAUGACAGAUAUUACAUCUGUAAACCAACCACUAAGCAAUGGUUCAAACUUCCUAAUCCCAAAACACGUUAUUCAACCGUCAAAGUUGCUCUUAUCGUGUUGAGAUCAAUUCCUCUGCACUUUAAGAUUAUCAGACUGUCGUCCCCAUCAAUUCUCUAUCAUCACUCCGGGAAGAAACUAGGACUCCAUUGCUACUGUUCAGAGGUAUUUGAUUCAGAACGAUGGGAAUGGAGACAAGGAAAAGAUUUAUUGUUCCCUCGUGAAUUGUACUUUGAUUGGUUUCCUCCCGUAGUCAAUGCAAAUGGUUUGAUUUAUUUCAAACUAAAUCAAAGAGAUAAUCAGGACCACAAGGUAAUGGCUCUUAACUACAAUGGAGAAGAGAUUUUUCCAAGAUUCUCUCUUCCAAAACCUCCUUUUGAUGAGUACCAAGGUUAUUAUCCAUUUAACCAACUUGUGGAGUAUAAGGGGAAGUUAGGCUUUACUCAUUUGUCACCAAAAGGGAUGAAACUUUGGAUUUUCGAAAACAGAAACCACCACUGGGAGUUGAAGACAGAAGUAGACACUGAAGCUGUAAAGGCUGUGACAAGCUUUCCAAUCCCCAAAGGGUUUUUUAAUGAACAUAUUGCUUUGCUAUUGGAUAGCUAUGAAGCCAUCUUCUACGACUUGCAAGAUAAAAGCAUUAACAAGGUGAAAUUAAAUAAAUGUCAUGAUGUUCAAGAAAUCUUCCCGUUCCGCUCAGAUUUAGAGCCAGUUGAUUUGAGAAUGCCAACAGCCAACACUAUUUCAACCACCAAAUCUCUCUAUCGUCCCUCUUAUACUUCCUUUACUCUUCUUCUUCUCAUUCUUCUUUGCGGUAUUUUGUGGUUUUCUCAUGCAUGA